GGAAGAAGAAAGUUCGUCACUUCCGCUCUCCAACAACGAUGGCGUCCUCCACUCCGGGAGACGGCAUGAGUGAAACACAAACAGCGAAAAAGACUGAAAACCAGGGUAAGCUGUGAAACAAACGUGCUUAAAACGUUUUUCUUACUUUGGAGGUUCAUGUAAGUGCGAGUUGGAGGGUGAUUUUGGUGACUUUUAUCGGCGUGUUUACACAUUAGCGAGACAGCACGCAUGUUAUAAGCUUUGAAACAGCGACUGAGCUUUUAGUGAAUUAAUGAUCUGGGAGUUUCCAGACGGAUAAAUUGUCUGAAAGGACACAUUUUAACCUUAGACUGUAUAUUUAAACAGUAUAUACAACAUGAUAUAAUAUAUAUAUAUAUAGAAAUAGUAUAUGCAGUCUAUGAAUUUAACUUACUGUAGAUAAUGAUUUUAUUCUUAAUCAUACAAAAACAGGGACAUGAGGGGAAAAUCUAGGUUUUGUGUAUUUUGAACGACUCGAUGUUUCACAGAAAAGAAUAGAUACAAAAUCAAAAGAAAAACCAUAAAUCAACCACUAAUUUCGUUUUAUUAUUAAUCACUCUUUUGAAUUUUCUUGUAAAUUCUUUUUCUACAUCAUUGUAAACACGUUGAAGUCAUGUACUUUGGCUUUAUGUAAGCUUUGUUUAUAAAACUACAGAGAAGCUAAAAUGAUUGAGUAUGCUGAAUUUGGCUUAAAGUAUAUUUGUUUUUUAUUAUUAAAAUAAAUCAACCUCUUCUUGAUGUUGUUAGAUGUAAAAUAAAGAGGUUACAUGACAAAAUAAAAUACACAAAGAGGAAAUAAGAAUGAAUAAACUUCAUAAGACGAUGCAGAAAAGAAAUUGUUGUUUAAGAAUUCAUCAGAGAGCAGAAAAUAAAGUUUUUAUGUCCAAACUAUCUUGAAAAGGACUCUCAUACCUCCAUUUAAUCUAUGUUUUCUAUACAUUGGGACUGUGGUUGAACAAAAACAGUUAUUCGUUGGUAGUUAUGACACAGGAGGACCUUAGGAUGCUGAUAGUCACACUUGAAUGUAUCCUGUGAGCUGUUUCUUGGUGCAGUUAAAAUUCGGGUGUCCCCUCUUUAAAAAGUUUUAAUUUCACUCCAAGGAAAACAGCAUUAAACUUCUGCGCAUUUGUUGUUUGUUUUCUGUUGAUUUGGCUGAUUAAAAUAGCACAUUAGAAGCAGUUUGAUUCAAAAAAACAUUUAAAAAAAAACUGACCUCAGACCUUUUAAUAUUCUUGUUUCCUGCAGUGGAUGAAUCUGAACUCCUGACCGUUCCUGAUGGAUGGAAAGAGCCCACGUUCACCAGAGAGGAUAACCCCCGAGGUCUGCUGGAGGAGAGCAGCUUUGCCACCCUGUUCCCCAAAUACAGAGAAGCUUACCUGAAGGAGUGCUGGCCGCUGGUGGAGAAGGCGCUGGGAGAGGCGGUGAGUUCACUGAUGCUCGACAGACUUUUUCUUGAAAACAUGAUGAACAGGACGAUAAACUCUGAUGAAUGACAGUGAAGCUUACUUACUGUGUUUUGUCAUAUUCAUUGUUUCUCUCAGAACAUUAAAGCGUCUCUGGACCUGAUUGAGGGAAGUAUCACCGUUUGCACCACGAAGAAAACUUUUGAUCCGUAUGCAAUCAUGAGAGCGAGAGAUCUCAUCAAGCUGCUGGCCAGGAGUGUACCGUUUGAGCAGGUGAUCAUCACACACAGGACACUCUCACGACUAUCUGUGCGGUUUAAACUCCCCCUUUGAUGAACUGAGACUUGGCGGUGAAGCGGCUCUCUUUGGCUCAUUUCUCUGCUUGUGUUUUAUUUGUAUUUCUUGCCUUCAGGCUGUGCGGAUACUACAGGACGACAUGGCGUGCGACAUCAUCAAAAUUGGGACACUGGUUAGGAACAGGGAGCGGUUUGUGAAGAGGCGGCAGCGGCUAAUUGGUCCCAAGGGGUCCACAUUGAAAGUGAGUAUAGCUGAAAACAAAACUGGUACAUCUGCUGGGGUGCAGCAGAACCUCAGAUACUGUACUUUCUUUCAUUGUUGAAUGAAGAAAGUUAAUAAUUUUUUUUUUUUUACUUUAUUAUUUUUUUUAUUAAAGAGAAACACAAACAUUCCUUGACAACAUCACAGGUUAUGUAUGACAGUGCUGAAGACAUGAAAAAAGAAAAGAGAAAACCCAUGGAGCACGGAAAACCGAAUAAUACAAAUGAGUGAAAAAUAAUAGAUAAAGAAUUGGACAGUUCAGAUAUUCCAGCAUAUUGUGGGGUCCCCCUCAGUCAGAGAGAUAUCUCGCUAUAGGUAGCCACCUCCUCACAAAAACAUCAGACCUUAAUUGUAAUGUAGCAGUUAAAGCCUCCAUUCCACACACCUCCCUCAGUUUCUGUUUCCACUGUGCCACUGUAGGUGGCUGCGGAUUCAUCCAUUUUAUUGUUAUUGUAGUGGCUAAGCCCCAGCUUGAAGCCACUGAGGGGCUGCAGGACAGGCUAAACUUAACAACGCGCUGACUACACUUACUGGCACUUCCAAUUAAUUCAAGUCCACUCCUUGUUUGCUUAAUGUGAUCUUUAAUUUCUCACAUUUUUGUAGAAAUAUCAAGUACAACACCACAGCAAUGCAUCGGUAACGGAGAUAGCGGUGCCAAAAGCAUAUCUUCUAGCGGUUGAAAAACUGUGCGCUCUUCUGUCCGGCAACACCUGCCCAGUAACGCAAAGUUCCCACCUUUAUGACAAAAAAAAAAACACACCCACCACCCGCUGGCAUAAAUUGGUAUUGCAGUGAGACAAAAAUGGCUCCUACAGUUAUCAUGUUCCUAGCAGUCAUAUAUGUAACAAGUACUUUUGGUCUCUAGUGUACAUGUCUUCAGGAGUUAGAUCGAAGAGAAACUGAUUGAUUCCCAGAACUUUAUCUAUCUCGCUCUUUCCAAAAAGGAGGCGUCAUCGGGCAAUCCCAAAAUAUGUGUGAGUGGUCGCCAACCGCUCCACAUCCUCUCCAACAGUAAGUUGCAGCUGGGUUAUCGACGAGUUUAGAGACCACGCAGGGCGUCUUAAAGAUCCCUGUCUUCACCUUCCAAUCAAACUCCUUCCACAUGUUACUAUUGAUACCUUUACGACGUCGAAUUUACGCUGCUUCCCAUUCCCCAUCCUCAAUUUUAAUAUUUAACUCAAGCUCCCAUUUGGUUUUUAAUAUAAAAAUUAUUGUCUGGAGUGUCUAGUAACAUAUUUCUGUCUAUAUGGGAAACCUGCUUUUUAUUGGCUAAGUUAAUAAAACUUUUCAAAAGAAAUUGAUCACAUUUAGUGGAGACUUGCUCUGAACUUUAAUACAUUUUGUGUCAGAGUCGAUUUACAAGAGUAGAAAUAAAACUGAAUUCACUCCUUGUGAUGAAAACUAGAUUCAACGUUUAACAUCCGUUCGAAAUCAAACACUCAGAGAUUCUGAAAAUAUUUUUCAUUACUUUUCUAAUCUUGGCCUGAAUUCUCACUGAAUUUUGUAUAGCACAUUUAAACAGCCAGUGGCCUACCAAAGAACUUUAAAAUAAUGAAGUAGCAAUAAAAGCAAGUCAUUCAACAGUAAACAGCAACAACAAAAGACAUGUAACAUAUAAAUGUAAACAAAAACGAAUAUAGAGCCAAUACAAGUAUCACACUCCAUCAAAAGCUAAAGUAAACAAGUGCGUCUUCAGUUGUAAACUCGUGUGGUCAGUGUUUGGAAAAGUCUGAAUUGAGUGUCACCGUUAACAGAAGCUCUGUGGUCUUGUUCUGCGUCUGUCGAGUGUGACAGGAAAGCGUCACUUGGUGGCAGCACUGUUGUGAUUAUCCCCUGAGUGAGUGUUUGUGUCUCUGUUGAAUCUCUCCUGCUCUGUCUUUUCCUUCAGGCGCUGGAGUUGUUGACUAACUGUUACGUGAUGGUGCAGGGAAACACCGUGUCGGCCCUCGGGCCCUACGGCGGCCUCAAAGAGGUGAGGGGUGCGUGUGUUCGUGUUCCCUGAGGACGGUGGUAAAAACUAAUGUGUGUUGGAGGGGAGGGUGCAGCAGCUGAUUUUCAAAGAUGCAAGGAAAAUGGAGGAAAAUAUUUCUGUUUGUCUUUCACUCUCAAACUAAAUGACCUCGAAUACUUAAACAAAAGCUUUGAAUGUUUUGAUUAGUUGUCUCCUUUUUCUCUUCAGGUCCGAAAAGUGGUGAUGGACACGAUGAAGAACAUCCACCCCAUCUACAACAUUAAGGUGAGUCCAAACAGCUGCUGCUCCGCUGUAAAAGUGACUGCGUUCAUGCCCGAUGAAGAUGUUUUCCAUCCUUGUUCUCGACCUCCUGACUGAAAUAAAACCUCUCUGGGUUUGUAGCCGAGGCUGGUUCAACCUGGAGCUGAGGGCGUGACGGACAGUUUGAGUAACAGUCACUGAAGUUUUUCUGCUGGUUAGAAACUAAACUGAACCUCUGAUUUCUCUGUGAUUAAAAAUGAAGAAAAAAUGUGUCAUGUUAGAUCAAGAAUAUGAGACAAAUCUGAAACUGACAAAGGAAGUGAUGACGAGUCACAAUCAUGAUCUAAUAUCUAGUUUGGAACGUGUUAUUGUGAAUUAAUGUCAAAAUUUUCCACUGUAAUUCUCACGAUUGCUCAUUUUUACAUAAACAGAUUCUUAUUAGUUCUUAAUUAUAACUCAUUUAAAACACAGAAAACAGCCGGACUGCUAAAAGUCUGAUCACUUUUUAUAACCUGCUUUCAUUGAGGAGCUCCAUCCGAUUUUAAAAGAGUGAUUUUAUAGAUUUCAUCACCUUCUUCUUCCUGAGUAACCAAAGUUCAGUAAAGGUCUUCAUCUAUAAACUCUCUUCUUAAGGCUGGCAGCUCCAGUCUGUGAAAGCGUGACGACACGAACAAAUCUUACGUUUUAAAACGGGGAUGCUGCAGAAGAAGAAAGUUCUGACCCUCCUGGUGUCUGUUCUUUCUCCCAGAACAUAAAAAGGUUGUUGAACAUGCUGAAUAUCAACACGAGUUAUAGACUGAUUUAGACGAUCCCUGCAGAUGUCGUCGUACCGAGCGAACUCGAUCUACUACAUGUGAAAAUGCUGCAGAAGAAAACUGGACUCCUAAAUAUUUCCCAGUUUUCUGCAAACUCGUCCAAACCGUCUGUUGGCUUUUAGUCCAAAGAUGGAGGAAUAAAAGUUCUCAACCUGUGUGCGGGAUUUGCGUCCUUAUUUAGGUGCAGCACUCAUUCAUAACUGUGGCGCAUUAAACAAACAUUUAUCUGCUUCAUGCAUGAAAACACAACAUGACAAAAGCAUCAAAUCUUCAUAUUUUUAUUCCACCCGUCCCUCCACCACCCUGCUUCAUACCCCCCCACCCCUUCCCCCAUCCCCUCCCCAUCACGGUGGCGAUCAGACUCUGAUGAUCAAACGGGAGCUCUCUAAAGACCCCGACCUGCGGGUGCAGAGCUGGGAACGUUUCCUGCCGAAGUUCCGGCACAAGAACCUGACCAAGCGGCGAGAGCCGAAGAAGAAGAGCGUGAAGAAGGAGUACACGCCGUUCCCACCGCAGCAGCCGGAGAGCAAGGUGAGCUUUCGAUACUCACGGUGGAUUUAAAUCUGGAGAAGUGUGAAUGUGAAAAGUGUAAUUCAACUUAAAUCCCGUUUGUUGCGCUUGAAGGUUGACAAAGAGCUGACGACAGGAGAGUUCUUCCUGCGUGAAAGUGUGAAAAAGAGGAAGAAGAUGGAGGAAAUCAAGGUGAGCGUUGGUGUCUUCAUAUCCUGCUGCGUUUUAAUCCUUUGGAUUAAUUCUGCCUUUUCUGGAGUUUAGAAGUGGAGGUGUUCCUGUUCUCUGUUUGUACUGUUGACCAAUCACACAUCAGGAGGCUUUAGUGUCUGCAGAUGACGCUGCAGACCCUCCGAAUGUGGCGCUGCAUGCCUGAAAAUUCACCUCCUUUUAUUCUGUGUUGAAAGAACAAACUUUUAAGAAUGAAGCCGACUGAAUAAAAUUAGUCGUGCAUCGUCAACCAGAUCCAGUUCAUGUGUUAAUGAGCCGCUGAAAUGGCAUGACCCGGUUCUUGUGGUAGCUCUCGGUCACAAAGUUUGCACAAAGACGGCUCAGGGUUGAGUCACAGAAACCGGCAGCUGUGUGACUCGAGUUCCUCUUUCUCAGGUCAAACAAGCAGAAGCUCUGACCAAGAAGCAAGAAGAGAGAAACAAAGCUUUCAUCCCUCCUAAAGAGAAGCCGCUGAUGAAGAAAUCCACCAAAGGUAAAAAAAAAAAGAAAGAGGAAGAGUUCUUUUUAAAGAGAAAAUCAAAAACCGUCUCCUCUCGCACUGACUCUAACCUCUCGGUCACGCUCUUCUCUUCUUUGUUUCCAGCUCCUACAGAGGGAAAACUCGACAUCGACGCCAUCAAGGAGAAAGUGAAAAAGGCUAAAACAAAGAAACUGGGAGCUCCGGCAGUGAGCCCGGCUCCUCCAGCGGGCAGCGCCGCCAACAAAAAGAAGAAGAAGAACAACAAAAGUUAGCCGCAAACCUUCGCCACCACUGACUCAAUGUGACCCUGGUAGAGGGCGUUUGUGGGACACAUGAAGACCGGAUUUGUGCUCGGAUCAUAAACUGUCCUGGACUUUUUUAUUGAACAGUUUUGGCUCUGAGGACUCGUUCCACUUUCACCCAUCACGAGACCAAACAUCAGUCAAUGUGGAUGAAUUCACCUCUAAUUUACUGAUGUCGAACACUUUCCUCUUUUACUGUCGUCCAGAUAUUUAAGUUUCCAAGAGUGAAUGAAAAAUAUUAAAAUUUUUAACAACUUGAAUCUUCAUUUGUCAGGUUUCCCAUCAUUACACAAACAAGGAAAUAGUCAGAGAGUAAAGGGGUCAUAAAGUCGCAGUUUGGGUUCACGGUGAGCAGCUUGAAUCCCCAAAAUAAAACUAAAAAAAAAAAAAAAAACGGUCCGAUUUGCUGUCCAAGUCCAGGUCCUUCAGGUCUCUGCAGACGGUCUACUCGUAGCAGAAGAUGUCGGGGUAAAAGUGUCUGACUGCGUACGCUGCGACGAAGGUGAAUAUGAGAACGAUGAGCCGGACAACCAGGACAUCCACGAUCUGUGAUUGACUUUCUGGAGCCCAGCCGCUGCCUGAAAAAACACAAGGACAAAGACCGAGUGAGCCCAAAAGAGGGAGAACGGCGUGUUCUGCAUCGCAAAGAUCAAAACGUCCUGAAAAAGUUCCAAACAUUUUAGAUUCUUCACACACAAAGUGAAAUAUUUCAAUUCUUUUGUUGUUUUAUUUUUGAUGAGAACGGCUGACAAAGUUAAAAAUCCUCUCUCUCAUAACAUCAGAAAACCGUGGAAAAGUCCAGGUUCUUGUCAGUUCUUUCAGUCCUGAAAAUCAGCGAAUGAACUCUUCACACCUGAGAGGUUUCCUGAGUUUUAAUCUCACCCUCUGAAAGACUGCUGACCUGACCUGAAAAUGAACUUUUUUGAGACGUCCUCAUGCACUUGUUGUUUUUUUACAACUAUAGUUGAAGUGAAAUUUGAUACUGACGAUACAGCCGCCACAGACCCAAACGAACAUUAGAUAAUGGCCUAUAAGAAGGCUGUGUGUGUGUGAGAUUAUGAUUAUUGGCAUGUGGAUACAGUGUUAGUAUUCCUCCUCCUGUAGGAUGUAGAGCCAAAAAAACCAACCGAAACAGGCGCUGAUACACCUGACAGUAACGGCAGGAGCUUUGAAUCAUCUUUGUAGAUCCAAUCAAACCGCACCUCCAGGAAAAAUGAACGCCAGUCCAUAUUAAAGGGAUAUUCCGGUGUAAAUUUAAGUCAUGGUGAAACACACCGUAACACAGAUUUAGACCCCCCCCAAGGUGCUGUUCUGAGCAUUAUUUGUGGCUAAAGAGUGGCUUUUUGUUGAGGUUUGCACGUGGAGAGGUACAUGUGUAAGGUCGUUACUAAAGUUGGUCUAACAAGAGAAGCAAGCGGUCGGCAACAUUCAUCUCUCGAGGGGGCGUCUAACUCGAUGUUACGGUGUGUUCAACCCAAAAUUAAAUUUACCGCGGAAUGUCCCUUUAGUACACAGUCUUCAUGACUCUGAGUAAGUGAAAGGCGACAGGAAUCAGCUUGAACUAAGACUGUAAUUAUCUCUCAGACUGGAUGAACAGGGUGUGUUCAUUUCCAACUCUGCAUUAAUUUGCAUAUAUCUGUAUUUUUCUUUUUUAAAAAGGCGUGUUGAGCCAGCCUGACAGGAUGUGCAUGAAGUCUGCUCUGCACAAGAAUAAAAGCAGACGCCCUUGGCCUCCUCCAGACUCAAAGGCCGUUUGCACAAAAACAGAAAAACAGUGAACUACCUGUUUGUGGAACUUUUGAAACUUUUUAGACAAACUGUUUUGAAAGCAGUUUUCGCAGUGUCACACCUCUUUUGUGGCAGCCGCCUUCAUUUCCUGCAUGUCUUCUCACUUUAGACUUUGCUGUGUUGACUGUGUUGAUAUUUAGAUACAAAUUUGGAUGAUAAAUAGUGAAGACAGCUAAAGUCAGCGAUGCUUAAAUCCUUGAACAGUCAAAGAUAUUUUUCUUUAAAGAACGAAUGUUUGGACAAAAAUAUACGAGACGCUAAAACUCCAGUUGUGUCAUGAAGGGUUUUUUGACCAGGACUGAAUACUCACGGCAGAGAUUGUCCACGCAGGCCCCUUCACAUCCAGAGCAGGCUGCCCCUUCAGAGUCAUACGGUCUCCUCCUGUUCACGUUACCCCUGUGUGAAAAACAACAGUCCAAGUUAGGGCCGUUUCUACAACAGAUUUCCUCAGGUCAUCUUUACUCCGCGCUUACACCACUGUGACUGAGUUUUCUGCAGUUUUAACUUUAAAGAUGAAGUCAGUGAAGGUUUUGGCUUUCAGCCUCAUGCCUCUCUGUACUAAACCUUGUUCGGCGGAGCAGGUUAAGAUCGAUCAUCCAUUCACAAACUUAGAUCUAAACCAUCUAAUUCACAGUGAAGACGUAAAGGACUUACGAUGGUGCGUAGUUGCAAACAAAGAUGACCCCUGCCUUUGCGCCAAAACCGGAUUCUUGGACUCCAUUUGGGCACAGAUGGGCGGCACAGCCGACCUUGUUGCUGCUCGCCCACACAACCUGGAGACGAGAACAGCUCUCAGUCACGCAGCACAGAUCACAUUUGAAGCACAAGAGUAAGCUGUAAGAGUUUGCAGACCUGAGUGUAGUGGCCACACACUUUGCUGCAGCGAUUGUUGGCGUAGUCAUAAAACUCUUUCUCGUUAUCCCAGCUGUGUAUUGCACCUGCCGUUUCAAAACUGGAUGGUGGGUAACCAGUCCAUAUGUUUUCUCCCACAGAGGUGGCGGUAGACUCUGAUCGGCGGGGGUUGUGCUCAAACACGCAGUUUUCUGCCCAUCCUUUAGCAAUGAUGGCCAAGUCCUCGUCCCAGGUCUAAAAGAGCAGAGAGGAAGGAUAUGAAACGACUGUGCUCCCUUUUAAAUGUUUUAUUCAUCAAAAAAAAAGUCUCGCCAUAUUGGAAAUGCUAACUCCAACACCAUUUUAUGUCCCCGGCUGUAAACUUGAUUUAUCCAAAGACAUGCACUUGUUUGCAUUUCUGCAUAGACUCUGCAGAAGUUGCUGCUCAGUGUCUCCUGAGAGUUUGAGGAGAACUUGGCUGCAGACGUACGUGCACAGUUGAAACUUCUUGAGACGCGGACACGGU